AUGGCGCGGAUCGAACAUGCAGCGAGGAUGGAAGACAAGCGCAAGGACGAUGAGGACUGUGAAGAACGGCAAAGACGAAGAGAAGUUUUGGGAGAAGUGCGAAGAGCACAGGAGAAAGUCACAGUCCCAAAUGCACAGUAUGCGAUCCUGGAGGGCGACCCUCUAGACGCACCAGUGGUCGAAGUGUACCGAACUCAGUUUUUUGACCAAAGUGGAGAGAAACGAGAUUUGCCAAGCUGGUUGCAGAAGUAUGCAGAACAAAGUUUGAUGGAGCAGCCCACAGCAGACCAGCCCUGGCCCCUUCUGGAUUUUGAUGGAAAAGACAUCAACUGCUACAGUGGAGAUGUCAUGGACCCCAACCAUUCUGAGAUCUGCAGUGAGAAAGAUUAUGAAUCCGAUGAAGAUUUGCCACUAUGUGCAUGUCCGCACGAUUCAGACGAUGCAGACAAGUCGCAAGAGUUUGGCAACAACUGGAUGUAUACGCGGGUUUUUGCAUAUGGAAAUCAUGUCCCGCACUUGAUGAAGGCGGAUGCUUCAACAGCAAUGUAUGGCAUUGAAUUGUUUAGCUCCGUCAACUUCAUCCUCGAGGUGGCAAAGUCGGACAGGCCCACUUUAAUCUUUUAUAUUUUCACCGCCUCCUUCAUUGCCGUCACCUUGACAAGCUUUGUGUUUGCCUUGGUGCUGGCUGUGGAAGAGAUGGCAAGACAAAUCGACGAAAGUGACUUGAACAAGCCGUACAAGAAGAAUGAGGUGGGUGCUGUGAAAUGCAGUUGGAAGUGGACGAAGACAACUUUCUGGCUAACACUCUCAUACUUGGUUCUCAAGCCAAGGACUCUAGUGGAUAUCAUUCCCAGGAUCCAUCCACGUGGCAAUUGCCCAGGGAAAGGAGCAGCCAAACUGUUUGGAAGUCGCCUCUUCUAUGCGACUUUCCUGUCAGAAGCACACUUCAAGGCAGAAGAUCAGGAAGGUCUCGAGUGCAUGAUGCCCCUCCUGUUCCUGAAGAGUGGCUUUGAGCUGCUGAUGCAGCUGAUUAUCCUCUCGGUCACACCAACCUUUGAUUUAUCCUCCAUUUUGCUUCUUCAAGUCGCCGUGAAAAUUGCGUCUUUCAUGUGGCACCUCCGGCAAUGGUGCCAGCUCUUGAUCAUUCGCAAGCACCUUUUUGCACAAGCAUCAGGAAUCUGGCUUGAAAAACGCUGGGCAAACGAUCCAUUUCCUAAGACGUUCGAUGACUUGAACUUGGAGGAAGGAAUGUGGAACUACAAACGAAAGCUUUGGGAGCAUGUCUUCCAGAAGCAUUUUCCGCAUGUCUUGGGCAAAGAUCUGAAGACAUGCUGGCCCAGUCUCCGCUUUGCUCCAGGCCCCGUCACAGCAUUUUGCCUCCUUCUUGUGUUGAUCGUAAAUACACUCUCGGCAGUCUCCAUGAUCUAUUUCGCACACUUUGCAGAUCACAAAGAUGAGACUCAGAAAGAUGUCCAGGAUCUUCUCCACUGA